CAGGAAGAGAGUGAAAUCAAAAGCGACAGCAGGAGGAUUAGCACAGAAACCAGUUAAGAAACUAACUUUUGUAUGUUAUUCAGACUGUUAAAAGUUGUCAAUUAGAGAACUGAGACUUCUUAACACAGAAGAGUACGCCUGAACGUCGGCCCGACGCUAUUUUAUAGUCCAGAUUCGCAUGUUUGCAGUGUUUUUCCUGUUUGUUAGCCUGACUAACGGACGUUAGCCUUUAGCUUACAGCCUCGCGAGGCUGGAGUUUUGAGUUCUCGCUGCUGCCGGGAAGACAAGGGGAUGGUGUGUCCUGUGAACCUGCAGAGCUGGGUGUUUCUCUGGUGAGGAGGACAGAUGUUUGCGGCUGACCGUGAGGACCGGACCUUUCCGCCGCGAGGGGCCUGGACUGGGAGAGACCUUGAACGCCACCUAUGAAGCGGAUAAGGUACCUGUUUUAUUUUAGCUCCAUUGAGCAAAGGGACAAUAAGUUUUUGGCAUAGACUGUAUGUACAAUGGAAGCCGUCUGCUUCCUUGCUGGGUGAAGCCACUCCGAGAACAGCACCCUCUGGUGACGGGCUGCAGUAAAGGUCAUAAAUCCAGCUUCCUCCAGCAAUCCCUAUGGAGUUUUGGACAAACUUUAGAAAUCUAUUACACAGAAUAUACCUCCAUAUGAAUUUCUGUCUGUUACAUAAACAUAAAAAAACUCCUCACUGGAGCUGAAAAUAAAAGCUCCAACAUUUUUCUCAGGUUCUUGAAGCCAGUGUGUUAAAGACAGGGGCACUCUUGGGGUGCUGUAGUCUUUCAGUAGUUAUGAACUUUUUCCACAUGUAGUAAGUUUUUGUUCAAAAGUGCAAAAUUAAACAUGUCUGGAUUUUACACCAAGUUCAGGGUAUUUCAGUGUUCCACAGGACUUCAACUACAUCUGAUUUUCUUGGUGGUUUUCCCUUGAACCACAGCUCCCUCCAACAAAUUCCUUGGCUCUGCUCCUGGUUGACAGUUGUUCUCUUAUUAACUCAAGCAGCAGGAGUAUUGGGUGUCGCUUGUGUAAUGUUUUCAGUUUGUGUUGAAGUUACGUGACGUCUGGAAGUGGGAAUCUGCAGAAACACGAGCGCUCGGGGCAAGUGAAGCCGAGGAAGCGGACAAAUUGAAGGACAAGUGACUGAUAAAUAAUUUCUGGAGACAGACCGAGGUCUAAGUGGGGGAAAUAAGACACCCUCUGGAGUUAACUGGAUCACUUAGAGUAAAUAUUGAAAAAAGCUGGCUCAGAGAUGAUCAUGGAUGUAGUAGGACGUGGUUAGGUUCGAAUACAGUGAGCAACUGAGCAAGGCAGGGAUGUUUCACCGCUGCAGUGCUCAUUAUAAUCUCAAUUGAAGUCACCUUUACCGAGACACCAGUGCGUCAGAGGUUUUGUGCAGCGGUUUUACAUUCGUGUUUUUUCCCUGCGCGCUCCUGCUUCACCUGCACGUCUUUCAUACUGUUGUCUUUAGCUGCACACAAACAUCCUCCCACACAGAACUGUAAUUCAAGGCCAGAGCACAUUCACAUGCAGACAGCAGAUAAACGACAGGACAAUGAAUUUAACCUCUCCUGCUUUAAAUACAUUUUUGUCGGUUAAAUGUUACAAACCCAGCUGAUACACCCAAAAAGUGGUCUUGUAUGAAACCAAAUCAAGCGUCCCAUCUGUUCCCUUUAGAACGAGACACAAAAUAAUCAAAUCUAGAUCUUUCAAGUGUCCUAUUUUUAGUCCUUUUUGCUCUCAGUUCAGCUCCUCACAUGGCCGCCCUUCUAUUAAGCAUAAUGAAUAACAUAAACGGCACCAAAACAGACAGUUCUCUUUUUUUGUUUUUUUUGGUUGGGUCUUAAAAUAUCCUGAACUCUUCAGUUUGGAGAGCUUGGCUCCCAUUGACGUGGUGAAUGUUUGUGCUCUGCAGAUGCCUGCAGACUGUGACAUGGCCAGUGGGUGGACUUAACAAGGAAGCAAAUGACUAAGCCUUAAACAUCAGGGGUGAUGAUGAAAAACGGGGCCACAUGAAUAUGUUAAUGGCAGCAGCUGGACAUGUGGGCUGAAAAGACAGGGUGUGUAGGUUGGCGUGCGUGUCUUUUUUUUAUUAUUCUUAUUCAAUGCAACAAAACAUGCAAAUCCUGUAAAGGGAAAAAAAACUCUGCGGCUGAGUUGUGGCUGUGAUAGAGGAAACAUAUUCACUGUAGUCUUUGGUCUAUUUUCAUUUCCAUUAGAGUCAGAUACUCUAAAAGCUGCCUCCACAUACUCUGGCUUGUCAACAUUUUUCUUUAGGCUCCGUGUUCCAAGGUUUUUCAGAGGACAAAGAGAUAUUCAUAGACAUAACCAGAGGAACUAGAUCCCCUGGUCUCUCUGUUAUAAACCAGGCAGAAUAAGCUCAGUGAAUAUUUUAGAAGUUUAAUGUUUAUAGCAGUCCUGGAGGAAAUAUUUAGAUAUUUGCCCCAGUAGAAGUACGAACACAGCACUGCUGGAUCUCAGUAGGAUUUAAGAAAGUCCUUUAACUUCACUCAUAUAUCUUUAUUUCAUAUCUAAAGUCCUGUGAGGAGUUUGUAACUGUCAGUGAAAUGCAAAUUUAAAGCAAAAUAAAAGCAAACAGGACCAUCUAUGAAAGGUAGAUUUUAAUGUCUGAAGCCUGUGUGAGGGGUCAGCUCUCAGAACAGACACUCGACAGCCUGUUGAAAAAACAGCCUUUCAAAUAUUCACAAUGAGUCACACAUUUCAGUGUUUACAGAAAACGGUGAGGUUUUAUUUAUUUAUUCAUUGAGUUAGAAAUACAAACAAGGCAAAAUCAGGUCCACAGCUGACAUUUCGUAUCAGCUGCUGAGUCUUUUUCUCAUGCAUGUAAUUGCAUCUGAUUGAGUGUAGCUGGUAUAUGAGUGAGGGCACCUUGCAGGGGUGUAUUUGGAGACCAUCUUUGAGGACUCUCAUCCGGUUUGUCCCCAUAGUGAUUUGUUUGAGUUCCCACUAUAAACUCACCACAAAUGUUUGUAAACCCUGAUGAAGGCCUCUGUGGCUGAAACCUGUUGGCUUUUUUAAUAGAGCCACUGUACUAAAGACUUUUAAAACGUUUCUUUUGUCACUACUUUUUCUGUUUGGGGUUCCUGGUGUGAUGCUGAAAUUUUUUGCAGUUCCCCAGUUUGACCACAAGAGGGAGACAUUUGUCUUUUUGACGGAUUUUUCAGUUUUAAAGUUGGUUGUGUAAGUGUUCGGAUUUAAAUCCUUCUUCUACUGCUUUCUGAUGAAUAAAUUAUGAUCUGUGGGUGAAAUAAUAAAAAAGUAAUUCAGUAAUUAUGACUAAAAGCUUAGAUAUGAAACUCAGCUAAAAGUUCAAAAUAGAUAUGAUUAAGCGUUGACUUUUUCCGGGGAAUUUUAACUACAUUACAUGUACAAUGAAAUUGAUGGACUAUUACUAUGUGUAAAAAUACUUCAUUAAUAAUUGAUUUCACAUUUUAAUUUUUGUAGAAAAAGCCGAAUACCUCUCAAUACUCUUCAAGUUGUACAAAACCAUUUCUCCCAAGUUAACACAAUGAUGUAAAAGUUUACAAAUACAAAUAAAGAGAUAUAAUAACAUCUAAAUUAGGCUCUUGCAUUAAAGUUUAUGGAUGUAGUGUGACUUUGUGAUUAGAAGGGGUUUUUUUAAAGCUGAUUUAAAGGCUCAUUUUGCGCCAUAAACUCUGUAUACUGUGUAUUCAGAGUAUCAGGAUAUUAAAUAUUAUCAGUAAAAGAAAAAAAAUCCUCAAACUUGGAGGUCUGCUGUUGUUUUGACAUGACAUGAAUUAUAAAAAUGUGAUUUAUUUAUUUCUCAUUUUCCAGAAAUUCAGGAUUAUUUUCUGCGUGAAUUUUCGCAUGCUGACAGUACGUGCUUUGUCCUUGCUCAGGGCACCCAGAGGUGAUUUGCUUCAUAAAUGAUGGCGUCCGGUCUGCUUUGCUGCACAUGGCAGCAGUUUGUUCUAAUGGUUUCCCUCAGAACGAGGAGUGCAGCCAUGAAGGUUUGCAUUGCAAUACGGGAAGCAGUUGCUGAAGCAGUCACCCCGCACAGUUUCACCCAGGUGUGGUAUCGCUCAUAUGCCAUUAGGCUCAUUAAUAGAGCCAUUCAGGAGAUUAGAGAGGAGGACGCCAGCAGGGGAGGCAUUUCAUUGGCGUAACAGCGCAGACAUAAAACUCAUCAGACUGAUCUAAAUCGCAGGAAUGAUGGCAGACUUGGUUUUGAUGCAAACAGAAACAAAACAGUUACACAAACUGGAACAUGACGCUCUGUUUUAAAGUCACCAUAACACAGCAAACAUCCUGUAUGAGUAAGUGUGGAGCAGGUUAAAGGUCGAAUUGGCAGCCUUUCAUGGGCCGCUUUAUUUUUACAACCUUGUCUGUGCAGAAACUUCAGGAAAACUUAAAGUCUGCUCUGUAGAUGUGCAAACUUCAGUAUCCAUUAUUGAAAAAAUAGUGUAACUCCUUUUUUGAGGUGUUUUUUGUGUGGCAGAGGCAGCCCCAGGGUCAGGCUGAAAACCUGGUUUUAGUUGACCUAAAGUCACCAGCCUCGUCUCUCACCCCCACUAAGAACCUUAUCAGAGCCAAACCCUUUAUGGACCAUCACCUCGUAAUCCCGCAACUUUACUGCCCUCGCUGUGCGCUGCUGUCAAGGAUAAGGUAAUCAGCUUAUCAUAAAGACAUGAUUUAUAAAACUUGUAUGCAAUAGGGGUAUCUAAGUGGUUCUUUGAUAUCUUUGAAAGACUUAACCACGGUUUAAGACGACUUUGCUCUCUAUGUAAAGAAAAGACGAGACACAAGACUCUCUUUGAAUCAGAUGAUUUGUUUCUUGUCUUCGGCACGACAGUCUGAAAAUCAAACCUCUCCAUGUUCCCCAUCCUGCGCUCGUACCUGAGUGAGCAGCGUAAGGAAGCAGGAGGGUGAGACUUGUUUCGGUACUUUUCUUGCCUUAUCUCAGAUCAUAUCCCUGCACUCUGAGGCAUGUGAUGUUGAGCAAUGGGGUCAUAAAGCAGGGCAACUCUUUAUGAGAGGGACUGUGAAACUCUGGCUUCACUGAUUUGGCUCUGUGGCUGCAGGGGGGCUUCAAAAUAGAAGAAGUGCACAUCACAGUUUGUCCUUUUAUUAACAUCUUCAGAGUGAAAGAAUUUAAUGGAUAAACAAUUUUGUGAGCCAAAUCAUCACCUUAGAGGAAAACAUCUCUUUUAAUACAUUUUCACUGUGACUCACUAAAAUGACUUGAUUGUAUAAAAGUCAGUGAAGUGAUUGAUUACGUUACAUUAGGUUUAGUUGAGUGAUAUGUUGUAGAGUUUGAUUUUCUUAGAUUUAGUGUAGCUCAGAUAGGUUUUGGUUUGUGUAGUUUAAACACUUGGUUACAUCUCUUAAGUUUAAUGGGUCUUGUUUAUUCUAUUAGUUUUGAGCUUAGUGUAAAUUGAGUUUAGUUUACUGUAUAUGAGCUGAGUUGAGCUGUGUUUAAUCAAGUUAAGUUUCAUUGAGUCUAGUUUAGUCUGCUUUACCAAAUUAUUUAUAGUUUGGUGUCAUGUAAAGUGGUGUAAAUUAUGAUGUUUGGUUUGGUUUAAGUAAUUUUAGAUUAGUUAAAUUUGGUUCAGUAUUGUUUGGUUGUAUGUAGUUAAAAGAGUGUAGUAGAGUAGAAGGUUGAAAAGGUUGAUUUUGUUUGGUUUAGUUCGAUCAGUCUAGUCUAGUGUAGCUAAGUUUAGUUACUGAGGCUUCGUCAAGUACAGUUUAGAUUAAGUCAGUUUGGAUUAAUUACGGUAGUAGAAUAGUUAAGUUAAAUAGAGUUUAGCUAAGUCUAGUUUAGUUAAGUUAAGUGAAAUUGUGUCUAGUUUAGGUCAGUGGAGCGCGGUCUAGUCAAGUCUAGUUGUAAGACUGGUUAAGUCUAGUUCCACCUUUAGUUACAUUCAGAUAUGUCAAAAUUGUCUAGUUUCCUGGUUUAAUUUAUGUAAAAACCUACUUUAGUUUAAAGUAAAACCUGUUUUAGUUUAGUUUACAGUAGUUUUGUUUUGACAAGUUAAGUUUAGUUUAGUAUAGUUCACUUUAAAUCAGUUUAUUCUCCUUAAGUCAAGUCUACUUUAACUGACAGUAGUUAAAUUACAUUUUUAAAUUAGUUUAGUUUGGUUUAGCACUCUCAUUUUUGCCAAUCUUGAUCAGAAUUUGGCUUUUUGUCAGAUUUAGUGUGGCUCAGCUUUUUGAGUUUUGUCUUGUUAAGUUUAUGUGAGUUUCUCUUCGAAAAAUUUAAAGAGUCUGCAGGUGCCUGAAUUUGUCUUAGGCUUACUUUAACUCUGGAUGUUUCAGCUUAGCCUCAUUUUCCACAGCUGUGGUCUCAGUCCAGGUUUUCGGGGGUCAGCUGGAGUUGAUCCAGUUCACAGCAGAGCAGUGCAGGUGCUGUCAGACAGGUAACUGAUGGCUGUGGAUUGCCCUGCCUGAAUUUUAAAGCUGUUAUAAAAGUGACUUUUUUAUUUGAUUGCUGUUGGAUCUUGCUGGCCCUGACUUUAUUCAAGGUCUGUUUGAAGACAAUGCAAAAAGCCAAAGGACACGGGUGUGGGUAUGUGUGUCUGAGGGGGUCAUGCAGGGGUUUGGUCAGGGAGGUCAGUGGGGGGUGGGAGUUCGGGAAGUCGCACAGGUAGGGGACACUGAUGCAGGCAGUGUGGGACUGUGCAACCACCAUGUCUCAAUCUACAAACCCACUCUGCAUGACUGGUCUUGGGCAACAGCUAAUGGCCCCCAAUUACAGUUUCUCUGUCCUCCAGAAAGCAGCCAGUGUGGCGUGACCCUCCAAAUGAGUCUUCUUCCAAAAUACAUUUACAGAUUGUAAAAGCGGGAAAGCCUAGUUUUCUGUUAAUUUUCAUAUAGACGCAGAAUUUCGACUCCAAGAUACUUGAUUUAGAUCUGAUUAAAACCUCUAAGAGAUGUGAGUAUAAAAAAAUGAAAUCUAAAUGUAGAAAUGAUGAACCGACGAAGAAUCUGAGCGUCAGGGUGGGAAAAGAGUCGAGCGAAGGCCCGAGGUGGAAAGGUCAAACUGAUGUUUCACCGCGAAGCAAAGAGAGGGACAUUUUUUUCCAACAGGAUGCCUCCUGUGGUCGGGGUUAAUGUGGUGUUGGAGGGACAGAGAUGUGCGGAUGAAUUAAUUUUAGGGAUGAGCAGAGGAGCGUGGAGACAGAGGGCCAGAGUCCACCGGUGGAGCGAUGGUGGGAGGGAAGCGGUGGGGGGAGUCGGCGGCCUCGGAAAAUGGGUUUCUGAGAGAGAAUCUGAGUGAAAAAUCAAAUCUGCUGCCCCGCUCUUCAAAAGGAAGCAACGUGUGCCGAGCUUGAGUGAUUUCUUUUUGAAGCAAAUGAGAUUUUUGAACCUUGACAAAAAAUUCAGACUUCUUAUAGUCAGAGUCAUGAAACACUAUUAGAUGUAGUCAUGUUAGACUGGAUUAGGGAUGGUCUGAAGGGACUAAUCCCCUUGUUGUUGAAACAUUAAUUAAGACGCUGGAAGGAAAACACGCAAAAAUCAGUCAGAACGGAUUAUUAGGGCAUAAUGGAAGUCUCAACUGACCAGAGGUACAGUCCCUGCCAUGCUGCAGAGGAUGAACCCUCUUAAUCCUCAUGUAGACUUAAUUUUUUCUUCAUGUCCAACAGGAGAUCGAUAUUUUCGAAUUUCAAUUCAGUGUCUUUACAUGUGUUGGGUUAAAUGCUGUGAAAUCUAUUAUUCACGAUCAUGGUCCCCAGAUGAUGAAUCCUAAUGAAUUGGGAGGUUCUGUGACUGUUUCCGUCGCAACAAAUUUCCCACUUUUCACUGCAGUAUUUGAGCAUCUAAUUGAUGGAUUGUCAUGAUUUUUGGAGGACAUUCAAGGUUACCAGAUGAUGAAUCACCUCUAGCACCUCUUGAAAUCUGUUGUCUUGAGUGAUUUGUCAUCGCAGCAUUUGACAGAGACGAUCUCUGGGGGCAAAAUACCUACAAAACCCAUCAGCUCCUGCAAAUGUUAGAUACUUGCUAUGCGAUGGGUUUCAGGUUAAUUUCUGCCUUAUUUUCCUUUAACUGUCUUGGGAGUUUCUCGGGUGCCAUCACCACUUUAGGACCACCAAAGUCGACCACAUAUCCUCACCCAGAUUUGGUAACAUAAACAGGACACAGAGGUUUUAGUUCACCUGCAAAGUGAGUCAUGUCCGAUGACUAAACAAAGUAGGUGCUCGAGACAGUCACAGGAGGACAAGGCAGGCGCUACAGUUGACUGAGUGUGAAGUCUUUCUCUUUACUCAUGAAAUAAUCGAUAACUCUGGUUGCACAUUAGGUGGCACAGAGCCAGGGUGUUAAUUGUUCAAAAACUGACUUAAAUAAGCAAAGUGGGUUCGGAGAAGAUCCUUGGAGGCCUCUCCUAUCAAAGUGCAUGUUUGCUCUAAAAACCGGUUUGCACCUAUGGAAAGAUCUGAGCUUAUCCUUACAAGGUGACCCCUGAUAUGUUUAUGUCUGGGCUGAGAGGCGAUCGUGUCUUAAUUGAUUGAAAAUUUGGAUCAGUUUUUGAGUAUAUCUUUCUGAUCAGGUUACUGUGACUGCAAACUGAAGUAUUUCCCCGGUUAUAAACUUCCUCAGCUCUCCUGACAAUGCUUCCAUUUAGCUCCAAAGCUGCGCGGCCACACCAACAUCGAUCGCAGUAUGAGGUAAAAGGAAAUGUGCUGAUUCCUGGCUCGGCCGGUUACACAUUAACUGUUAACAAAAAAAGAAAUAAAAAGAGCUCACAGACUCCGGCAGAUAACCUGCUACUGCAUUUGUCAACAGCAGGCAAAUAAAUGGACACUAAAGGUCAUUGUUGCUACUGUCACAUUUUCAUGUUAUUGGUAUGUUUAUGACCAAAAUAAAAAUCUAUGGGUGUCAGAUAGUGGAGGGACAGAGAGCAGAUUUCUAUCAUAAAUUUAAGUGUCUUUAAAAUAUCUUUUUGAAGAGGAGGAGAUGGAUUUGAACAACCUUGUAACAGCUCACUUUGGUUUUUAAAGGUGGGUUUGUUUAUGACAGUUCGGCGCAACCGCAGUGAAAACUUCCCUGAGCUUUAACUGGAGCUCAUGUAGUAUUAACAAAACAUAAUAAACACAAAUAUCUUAAAAUGUCUGUGCGUAUGAUUCGAAACAUUUAUUCUAGUUAUAUAGGCUGGCUUUACAGCUUGUGUAUCACCAUAUUAUCGAUUUAAAAUGACAGAACGAGUCAAAAAGCACCAGAAACAAACUUUAAAAGCUGGUUUGAGAGCAUUUAAAAGUCGCCCAAAAUUUAACACCAGUGUUCAAGAGACAAUACAGAAGUUUUAAAAGGAUUGUGUUUAUUUAUUUGUGCUUUAUUAAAUCUCCCCACCACACAUUCAUUCACUCAUUCAUUAACACACUGACGGCAGAGGCUGCUACACUUAACUAAACCCAUUCACAGACUUCUGGCACAGGACCGGGAAUCAAACCUUCUACCUCUGGGCCACAACCACUCCUUUUUUACAGAGAGAUUAACAAUGUGAAAAAUAACUUCUGACAGUUUGGUGUCACAAAUGUUCAUUCAUUUAUUAAAAGUAAAUAUCUAAUAGAGAGAGAGUUUUAGGUUUGUAUUAUAAUUGAACGUAUUAUUUUGUAUGUGCUUCUGAAAUGAGGUGGAAUAACAUUUGAACCACUUUCUAUCCCUUAAAACAUUUGUUAAACCAGGAAUUACCUUUUAUUAUUUAUUAGCUGAACUUAACCCUCUUGAUUUAAAACGAUCAUUAAAAAAUCUAGUUAUGAAAAGUUAAUAUCUAGAUGUGUACAUUUUGCUGUGGUGUUGUGAAACAGUGUGUGAUGCAGGCGCUGACAGUCAGCGUGUUUGUUCUGCAGCUCUCUCUCAGAACGUUCCACCUCGCUCUGACUGUUAACGGCAGGUGUGCAUGCCUCUGCAUUAAUCAGGCUGCUGUGAACCUGCCGUUUAAUCGCAGAGGAAGCCGAGCAGGUAAUUACUUCUGAAUCUUUAAGUGCGCAGACAAGGAGAAAGAAAAACACAUGGAGACAUGGAGGGUGGGGGGUCACGUCACAUGGGUACACCUUGGCCCCUGAGGGAUCCAAUCAGUCGUCUAUCAAUACUGGCAUCGAUCUAUAAGAAUAAACUCGAAGUUUUAUUUAAAUGGGGAAAAAAAAGCCAGUUCCUCUUUAUUGAGUAAACUCGUAGCACUGCAGGUGUAUUUAAAGUGCAUUAUUCCACAAAACAGGUCUGACAGUUAAUCAGAGAUGAAUAAUUUAACUACCAAACAUACAUGUAACUAUCACUUAAAAUAUCACACAUUUAUACUUUACCUAACAAACCAUAUAAAAGCAGUGAUCUGCACUUGAAAAGUGGCAUCACCUGACCUAAAUAAACGAAUAACUUGGUUAGAAGAGAAUCAAAAAGCUCAUUAUGGAUCAGUGAACUCUGACUGAUCAGGUCAUUUGCAGAGGUAUCAGUCAGGAGUGUUUUAUUGGCACACCUUUAAGAGAUAACCGCAGUGAUGUCAUAUAUGUGUCUGCAGAACACAAAGUUAAAGUUAAAUGAAAUUUCUGAACCAAAAAGCCGUCACUAGAAGUCACUUUUUAAAGAUUUGUUAAAGAUCCUCUGAGGAACAUUUAGUUUGUGUUGAAUUUGUGGCAUUCCCUGUGACGACGAAGUUGUAACUCUUCUCCUCGCAGAUUUUGUCUUGUGUAUUUGUUUGUUGUGUACUCUGAAUAAAAUAUCAAUAAUUCAGUCUUUUCUACAGGCUUGAUCUGGUUUUGUUGCUAAAAGAUAUAAAUAUGCUGUGAUUCAGAUCUCUUACUUAAUCUGUAUUAGAGAGACUUUUAAAUUCUUAUACUUAGUUUGUCUCAAUAGGAUUUAUAUAGGGAUGUUUCAAUGUACCAAUAUUGAGGGUCACUGUUUUCAAUACAUUAAAAUAUUGAUAUCAUGCUAGAAUAAGCACAUAAAGUCAUAACAAUGGUCCUUCUUAAUGGUUACCUCGUCUCUUUUAACAAAGUAGUAGAUGAAGAAGAAGUAGCGGACUGCUAGCAAGCUAUCUGUAUCAGCCCUUUGAGGACGAUUAGGCACAAUCAAAAACUGAGUUUCUGAGAUACAUUAUUAUUUAUUUUAGUGUAUUUACUAAACUUUGCUGCCACUUUACAUUAUAUAAAAGCUUAAAACAAUAACAGUUUUUAAGUUCUGGUCAAUAUGAAAUGGUAAAAGGUCACGUCCCAAGCUGGGGGUCCACUCUACAUGUCAAAAAAUGACCCCAAUUUGCAAGGAUUUUUUCAAUCUAGAGCACAAUGAGUUCACCGAGCUUUUGUUUCACCUGGAACAAAGUAAAUAUCAGAUAACAACAUUCCAGUCUCCUUUCUAAAUGCUAAAUAAAGAGACUUAUCAUGCCGUAAUUCAUCACAAACUCUUCCUUGUAGGCGUGUGUUUGACUUCCCGCUGAGUACAGCAGCUAACGGCUCUGAUCCGAUUCUCUCUUGUUCUGUUCUCAGGAGAUUUAUUGCACACUGACACACCUUCCAUGGAGCUGGCACAGUUUGUCUGCGCACAACAAGGUCAGAGGUGACGCAGUGUGAGGAUGUGUGUUUGAACAAUGUAAGCUGUGUGCCGCGCAGCAAAUGCAAUAAAGCCCUCGAAUAAGGACGAAAGACAACAGCGGUUUUGCCUGAGAUGUUCAGUCUUACCUGCAUGAUCUUUACAGACGUUUGCCUCGUUUCUGCUCACUAGGUGUCAGCAGUGAGUCCAACCUGAGGAAGCCACAGCCUCACAGGCCUUACUUUUUCUCCCUCAGACCACAGGAGUCCUCUGUUCAGAUGACUUUAACACAGAACUAUGCAAACUGGAGCACUGGUAUGGAACUGCAAGACAGAGCUUCAGCAUCAUGGAGCUCAUGAGCUGCAGUCAGAGUCAUGCAAAUCCAGAGUUCAUCAGUGAAACAGUCACUAAUACAUAACUAAGGGAAAAACUAAGAGCGUUUUUAUAAUCUGCACAUUAAAGGGUAAAUUUGGAUAAUGUUUGUGCUUUCAGGAAGAUGAAACCCGAAGGUCCUGACCCUAACCAAACGCUCUUCCUGCUAAAAUUGACUAAACAGCUCGUUUUUUGUUUUGCGGUAAUCUUCUCAUCAUGCAUCACUGCGUCUGUGCGUGUUUGGCUCAUUAACUUUUUCCUGAGUCGAUUUGUUUGACGGUGAAGCUGCUGUCAACUGUUUUGUCUCCAAACUGUGUCUAAAAGAUGUUUCAUUACGGCUCAAAUCUGACAUAUAAACUGGAAUUGAUGUCUCAGUGGGAAUAUUAUCAGCCUCAUUGAUAAAAAACAAUCAUCUUCUUAUUCUUGAAUUUCUUACGGUUCCUGUAACUUUUGGAAUGUGCUGACUUUGAUGCCAAGCAGGACCCCCCUCUAAAUUAAUCUUCUACACUAACAUUGUCACCGUCAGAUCUUUCAACAGCUAAAUGCAUCACAAAUUAAGGAUUUCUGCCUUGGAAGAUGAGAGGAAAAAAAACAGCUUUGGUAAAUUCCCUGAAAUUGUCUUGUCUGACAUCUUCCCAGCGAUUAACGAUAAAAAUACAGGACUCUUGAGUUGGAAAUGGUCUCUUUGCCUUUGUAAAGCAUGAAGUGACAUCAGUAUUAAUGAGUGCUUUUCAUGAUCAGAUAAAAUCUCUCCAUCUAUAGCAUAACGAUUUGUGUGUGUGCAACUAUUAUAAACACUUUGCCAUCAUUGAUUGAAAACCCAACAAAAAAAGUGAAAAAUAACACAAUGUAAAGGUUAAAGCUCCAAUGAGGAACUUUCACUUAAUAUUGAUUUUGGCGCCCUCUGUGGACAAAGCAUUCUGUGCUUAAGGUGUCUUUUUCAUACUUAAGUGGUCUCUUGUGACAAAAAAUUGAAAACUGUAAAAGUCUGGCUUUUUCUUCAUUUUGCACCAGUUUUACACUUUGAAAAUAACAGUUUAAACAUAGUCAGUCUUGUACCUUUUUUUUUUUUACUACUUUAUUGCAAGGCUUCUUUCUUUCACAAACAUAGUCAGGCUUUCAUUUUACAAUAUUAUACCUUACAUUUUUUUUUUUUUUUUUUUUUUUUUUUUUUUUAAAGUCUUGUACCUGAUGGUCCUGUUUUCUUUUGAUUACCAUGAAAAAGACUCAGUAUAAAUUUCAGUCUAUUUCAGACAUUUUUAAAAACUCCCUACAGUAGCUUUAAUAACAGAAGUUGUUUUUUUAACCCUGUUAGAUCGUACAGCAGACGAAAGACAGGACAUAUGAGGAGCAUGGGAAUACAACAAAGUCACCUCUACAGAGAAGACUGAGGCCUCUUUAACUUUAAAACCAAACUGUGUGAUUUUUUUAAGUCCAAAGAGACUCUUCAUGGUUUAUCAUAUUGUAUUAUUUUUGAAUUUUGCCUGUUUUAUUUUUCUUCAUUCUCACACAUUCUGAUUUCCCCCCCCGUCCUCUUUUCUUGUUUCAGUGAAUGCCAUAGAGAUGCAGGUCUGUCUCCAUCUGUGCACCCUGAUUAAGUGGCUUCGAUUCCUGGGUCAAUAUUGACCCCCAGCAUGCAGGAGAGAGGAGCAGCAGCAGCAGCAGCUGGGAGGUGGAGGAGAGCAUCAUAACCUGUGCUUUAAAUCAUGCAGUGGUCCUGAACCGGCUGAAAACUAAGAAAAAAUAACUUUGUCCACACCGAAUGAAUGAAUGAAUGAGAAGAUUUGGUUUGAUUUGACAAGAUACACAUGUGAGGGCAGCUUGACUCAGACCUGUGGGAGUGACAGACUCCUGAGUUUAGGAGGUGAGUAUGAUGUAAGGGGUCGUGCUGCCCUGAAGAACAAAAUCCAGCAUCUGUGUAUCUUCUGUCAUGUCUGAACUUCUUAUAACUUUGUAUAAAAAAAACUUGAUUUGUAUCAGAUGGAAAAACCCAAAUCGGUUUUGUCUGUUUGGUGGUGCUUAACGGCUGAAAAGUACCUUACGAAAGAGCGCGUUAAGGUGUAAUCAAACAACUCUGACAGAAAUCAAUUUGCCGUAGCGUGAGUAACGGCCAAACCUCAAAGCUGCUCUGAUCUGACUUGAUCUAACAAAAGAAAAGAAGAGGAAAAAGCUCGAUCCCUGACUACACACACACCUUGUGCAUGAAGGGCAAACAGAGAGAGACUUUUAAGUCUUUGGCCACAGAAACACUCUGUUACACAUGCUCACACACCCUGCUGCGGCGUAUUGACACUGUCUCGGUGACACACGAACCUGCAGCCUCAGGCCUCCCCAGUUCCUCCAGUCUAGGAUCACCCACAGGUCAUGUUUAAAAACCGGGAGGAGUGGAUGGAUGCCAGCGUCUUCCAUCACUUUCCUCUUCCUUAUCCCUGCUUGUAUCAGUCGACUGCAAACAGAAAACUUCCCUCACUCCGUCGUCGUCUUUUUUCAUUUCAGCCAUCCUCCUGUGAUUCAUGGGCGUGUUGAUGAAAUCUUAUUGCUCUGAUAGAGAUCAAAGCUGCAGCUCCAUCUCAUAAAGACAAACUGUGAUGCAAUCAAAGCGAGUGUGGAAAAUUCUGAUCACUGAUGGAUUUAUAGCAGAUAAGCUUGUGAAAGGCAACAUGGAAACAUCCUGUGAUUAUCAUUGAGACACCAGGAGGAUCUGCAUGAUUAAUGAGGUUUUUUAAGGAGAUGGGACAAGACCAAAAAUGUCAAGUUUUAAGGCAAUUAUGUCAAACUGAAGUACGUUUUCACCAACAGCAGGGUUUAGCUAAAGCUGUCUCUCGUCUUUAGAAGAGGAGCCGAGCGGUUGGAGAGUUCAGACCGGGGGUAAGGUCCAGCUCAGUCUGUGGAACGGGACAUGGCUUCUUCCUCCUGAAUCUCACGCACACACCGAGUAGCCCUUGCCCUUUUUAUUUCACUCUUUCCAAAUGUUCCGGUCCUGUGCACGGAGCGGGCCGUGGGGUGAGAAGCGAGAGGUCAGGAGAGGUUAGUGAAGACACUGAAAAGCAGCCAAGCACACCUUGAGAAAACACAUGAGUACUCACAGAGUGUCCCAGACUGGAAGUGUAGAAGUGACCCUCCAAACAGGAUGGCACUGGCUGGAUCCAGCUCCUGAACUUGUACCCAUAGAAUAACGAAGACUACACAUGCUAAAUACACAAAAUAUAGAUAACUACGAUGCAUCGCCUUACUCAUACGAUACAUCUGAAACAUUUAGUCCCUCCUCCGAUGAGAAGCACAAAGACUACUGAAGAAAUAUUUAGUCAAAACUUCAUCUUUUGGUGUUUAUUAAAGUUUAUGAAUUUAGAAACGAUGACUGAAUGAACCUUGUGGUUUAUCUGUUGAACCAAAUAUAAUCUGAACAUUGUCGUUGGUGUGGAAAUGGAAAUAAGAUGCAAAUUUUAUGAAGCUAUUCUGAAAUAUAGACAACAAUGUUAUUAUGACUUAGAGAUAAAGCACUCCUUCAUUUCAAUAUCUUACUGUGUAAUCAAUAGAUGUGAUGUUAGACUUUGUAGUCGAGCUUUUGGUAAAAUAGAUAAUAGCCAAUAAAGUGUGGAGAAGUGCCCAUAGCAUAAGUAGACAUGCUGAUGUUUAUUAUUUGGUUCUUGCCUGCUGCUUUUAAAUGGGGACGAAGACAACAGGUUAAUCCUAUGAUAGGAGAGAUCGACAAAAAUAAGUUUGAAAAUAUCAACAUAUCAGAUAUCGGUCAAAAUCUAACAGGUUUAAUCUCCUUUCUUGACACCUAACCCUCAAUAUCAGUAACAGAUCUUCAAAAUACCCACAUAGAAAUAUCAAACUUUGUCACCAACACCCUUGUUCACUGUUACAGGUCAUACAGCAGCAUCAAUAUUAAUUUCAGUUUGUUUCAUAACCAGAAAAGAAACUCCUCUCAGGAGCUUUAAAGUUGUUAAUCUUUAAAAUAUUCCUCACCUAAUGUGUAAUCGGAAAAAGUCAGGGUUUUAAACUUUAACAGCUGGGAUUUGUAGUUUUUAUCUGACUUUCCACCAACAGUUAGAGUCUUAUAUGACUCACAUAUGUAAUGCAUUUAUUAAGAUAGAGUAAUAGACUACAGUAAAGCGUGAAGGCAUUAAAGAAUAACUUUCACAGAUUCAGGGUGUGACUGCAGGUAGAAACAGUCACAGGUAAGACCGUCACAGCCUCAGGAUGCUCCCUGUUCCCGGUUGCUCAACCUGUGAGUGACAGUGUAACGGGCAGCGCAUGUUCCUCGCCACACUCCACUGCACAGGUCGCUUUCACAACCGGCCCGAUGCUCCAUGUACUGGAUCAACUGUUUUUGCUGCUUGUUAUUAUUUGUUGUUAAUGGUUGACCGAUUUGCAACAGAGACAUGUGAAAUGUACGAACUUGAAAUGUGGCAAUACAUGCUUUUCGUGUGUGUAUGUGCGUGGAAAUUUUUCUUGUCUUUGCAACUUUUUCUUGGCUUGAAUUCGAAGAUUUUCUGUCACACUCCGAUCAUAUGAUUGUGACUUGAAUUUCCUUUAUUUACCUCUGCACAGGAAUCACUUUGAAUCCAAUAUCUCACUCUUUAACGUUAACCCUUUGCUGCUCUUUGGCUUUGUGAAACGGCGUGGUAUCAGACAUUUUAAUCUGUUAUUAAGAAAAUCAAUCAGCUUCUCGGGGCCCUGAAAACUGACACCUGAGUCAUUAACUUGUCAGCAGAAAUGAGGGAUCUGCAGACAGACUGUAAUUUAUCAGUUUCCUUUGGGUUAUUACCUCCACACACACCACGCAGCAUCUGGCACCUCAGAACACACCUGAGCGAAGUGCAGAAAGGUGGACAUGAGAAGAGCCUCAUUUUAGAGAUUAAAGCAGAUUUUCACAAAUGUUGGUCUUUGUUAUCGAUUACAGUUUAUGCAUAUGAGCACUCUGCAGGUGAUCGUUAAAGACCCGACUGAACUUUUUCAUGUUUUAUCUCUGACUGAUCUGUAGAUUGGACAUUUCAGUUGUUUCAACCAUACUUAAAAUUCAUUGGAGUGUUUUCCAUGAGGCCAUUGUGCUACAGACAGUCUCACUGUGUCGUGCUAUUAAGUUUAGGGUAACCCUGCAUAUUACUAAUGAUCAACCACAUUGAUACUACACUGGCUGAUUACAAGUCUGACCAAUAAUUGGCUAAGUUAUUGUUGCAAACCAUCAUACAGAUCCACACGGUGGCUUCUGUGCGCACGGUGGGUUUGUUUACAUCAGAUUUGGGGUUGAUAUUUGCCCUUUGUAAUAAUAAUUGAAAAGCAGAUUAAAGAAUAUUUUUAUGUAAUAACCUAGAAAAUUCUGGAUUCAAGACUUGACUGAGUAGGCAAUUUAAGUAAAGUGUAUGCAAACGUCACAGUUCUGGAUGGAAGGUUAAGACAGUCUUAUCUGUGAAGCUUGAAGUAAGUGUAGGGAUCACGUUUUGAAUUAAUGUGAAAUUUUGUGUUUUCUGUCUGUCAUUAUAAUGCAAUUUGGGUUUUAAUAUUUUAGCAUUUUACCUAGAAGGCACGUUAACAUGCACUUCAACCAUUUGGUGACAGUAAAAUCCAACUCUGAGCGUGAAAAUCCCUUGAUAUCAGAUAGUCAACAGGGCAAAACAACUUUUAUUUAUCAUUAUGAGGAGACCAAGUAAUACUAAGUCUUAUAUUUUUCCCUUUAUAUUCAUGUGUUUUAAGAAGUAGUCAUUGUGUUGCAGGUGGAAAUCAAAGGUUAGGCCUGAAUUCAACUCAAAUAAAUGUUGCAUAAUAAAAAAAAAUCCACUUUUUUUACCCUUAUAAUCUGUGCUAAACUGACAGAAACUACACUUCAGCCCAUUAACAGCGAACUGCACCUGCACCCUAUUCUCACCUGAACCACUGUCACUGUUUAAAAGAGGAUAAACACCCAAAUUCUGCUUUAUUACUGCUUUAUUUACAGACAUGCAGUGAAACAAAGGCGUAAAAAUAAACAUCCCUAAAAUACGUACUCUGCUUCCUCUUUAAUGAUUAAGUGUUUGACAAAGACUGAGUGAAUUUAGGGUUUAUUUAUGUUUCUCUUUUUACAUUUUAAAAGUCAGAUAAAGUUCAGGCAUUUGAUAUGGCAGUGUAAGGAGCCUUUUGAGAAACUUUCAGUGAAUUUAGUCUGUUUAUAUUUUUAAAACUCUGGGUAUUGGUUGAUUUUUAUUGGUCAUAUUAACAGAAACUUAAAAACCAUCCUACUACAAAAGGCCAAAAUUAGGCUGACACUAACAUAAUGAAGCACAAUAAAGGACACAAACAGCUGAAUUAAUGAGGACAAUCACCUCAUUAACACCUGCAUGAUUAUCCCUUUAAAAGGACCCCUACAUUAAAGUGAGUAAAAGUCAAAUAUCGUGAUUAAACAGUUUGUUCACUGAAGGAUUCAACAUGCAUUAAAAAAUAAAGGUAUCUAGAGAUGUGAAUGUAUGCAGAUCGCCCUUCUUAAAAGUCUUUAUGGCAUAUACAACAGAGUCCAAAGUCCAUGAAAGUUGAGCUGAUAAGGGGAGCCAAUAAAAGCAGCAGUGCAGCAGUGUAAACACAUGUCUCUUUGGGCCCAGAGCAGGGCCUUAUUCUGCGGAUUUACAUAAGGCAGCCGGCCCACUCAUUAUCAUGUUUUAUAUCCCCCUGCUCUCACAAAGCAUCAUGGCAAAGUAGCUCCAUCCUCCCCGUCUAAAGGGAAGUGGCUUCACGGAGCAGGUGUUAGCAGCAGAAAACUCCAGAAACACAUGAGCACACAAGAAGAGGAAGGAGAAGAAGAGAGGAACUUUAUUUUGACUUUUUUUUAAUCUCACCACCUCCCUCCAUUCUCCCUCUCCCCUCCCAGCAGGCCUAUGUUGUAUUUUUGAUGUUCUCUAAAAUGGUAUCCAAGCUGACAUCCCUUCAGCAGGAGCUCCUCAGCGCCCUGCUGGACUCUGGAGUUACCAAAGAUGUCCUGAUCCAGGCCCUGGACGACAUGGACCCGAGUCCGCCGGGAUUUGGAGUAAAACUGGAAAAUCUGCCCCUGUCGCCUAAUCCGCCUCAGAAGAUGAACGGAGCGGACGCCGUGGACUCCAAGCCCGUCUUCCACACGCUCACCAACGGACACAGUAAGGGCAAACUGUCCGGGGACGAAGGCUCCGAGGACGGGGACGACUACGACACGCCGCCGAUACUGAAGGAGCUCCAGUCACUGAACACGGAGGAGGCCGCCGAGCAGAGGGCGGAGGUGGAGCGCAUGUUGGCGUGAGUGGAUCUACAUUUAUUAUAUUUAAAAAGUGUAAAAAAAAAAGAAGAAAAUAGUUAAAAUAAUUGGUGCCAUGAGAUGGAGGCGAAACAAGCGCUGACACAUUGAGAAGACUUUCUAAAUUCGGGUCAUCUCAAAACUUUAAAAACAAUAAGAAAAUAAGUUUUUAAAAGUAAAAUACGAACUUUUACAAAUCUAAAACUCUUUACCUUUUUUGUUUACAGUUUUAAAUUAACCCGCCACGACACUGUUUUCACAUUCUGGUUACUAAUUAUCCACAUGGAUUAUUAUUUCUUUACCUUAGUCGCGAAAUAUCAGCUGAACCGAGAUCGAGGCUAUUUAUUAUUAACUUUACUCCACCUCUUCACGAUAAAAUCCUGCAAAGGCUACAUGAGGAGAAAGUGAAGUGGGGAAAACUUGGUCAGCAAAUUUAGGACAAAAAUUUAAGAGUUUUUGUUGAUUAAAAUAAAUUUCAGUAUAGUUUAAUUUUAAUUUUCCGAUUUUUACGCGUCCGUGAAUACACCAUUAAACCAACCUGACAUUAUUGACAUUUCCAAUCUUCUCAGUUUACCGUAAAACUAAUAAAUGAGACUUUUACACAAGCGGGAGAAAAUCAAAACUAACCCACGUGUAGUUAAGUUAUUAUUAAUUUUAUUCUAUAAAUCAUCAACUGAAAGAUACACAGUGGCGUGUGAUUAGAGUGAAUGGAGAUCUGGUUAUUCAUUGUCAAAAGUUAUAAACUAACAUCUCCCACUUAACCCGCAGACUGAGAUGCAGGCCUCCACAUUCUCCAAAACAAACAGACGUGUAGAGAUUUGCUAUAAUUACCGGUGUCACUGUGUCUGGGCCUCUGAUCUGUAGGCUGGAGGUUUUAUUUUACCGCAGACUUCAUUUUUAUUAUGACUGGAGAAAUACUGAUAGGAAUAAAAAUGAGUGAGGGAGUGAAACAGGUAAGGACAUGCACGUUUUGAAUGCUUCAUUUUAAAAUAAGGUCAGAAUUUAAGUGGUUAAAAUAACUUGUGAAAUACUCAUUUUGACUGAUGUCACAUUUCUUCAAUUUAACCAAUUUUUUUUAUGAGUAGCCCAAUCAUUUAAAGAAAAUUAAACUUAUUUAUCUAUUUAAUAUUUAAGUUCCAUGUCAUUUUUUUUUCCUACUUGAAGUUUAAUGCAAAUUAUUAUGUUGUUUCAAUCAUCCUAAAUUAACUUAAGUAUUGUCAAGGUUAAAUUUAACAUGGUAGCCUACUUUGGGUCCAUUUCAUUGAGGUUUUAGUGUGACAUUUCUGCUUUAAAUUUACUGAAUAAUUAAACAUGGUAGCCUAUUUUUGGUUCCGUUUCAUUAAAGUUUUAGUGCAACAUUUCUGCUUUAAAUUCACUGAAGUAUCACCAGGGGUUAAUUUAACAUCACAGCCUAUUUAGGGUCUGUUUCAUGAAGGUUUUAGUGCAACAUUUCUGUUUUAAAUGUCCUGAUUUGCAGACUGAAUCAUGUGUUAAAGUUACGAAUACUAAGUCCAAGUUUCCCAACCGGCCUGGAUCCACUUGAACUAACCUUUGAAAAUAUUUACAGCCUAUUGAACAGGCUACAGUGAUAAACAGGCUGUCUGUGAGGCGACUUUUUUACAGUACAGCCCCUUUAAACUUGAGGCCUUGACAAACAAAUUAAGAUAAAAUAACUAUAUUUUUAUACUCUUCAUAUGUAUUUUUAAAAAUCUUUUAACAUUGAGAAUUUUUUAAAAUCCCCUCCUGAGAGUACUUACUUAAGUUUAUUUGCGUGGCAUGAACUAAAAACUUUUAUUUCCACUAUAAAAUGUGUGUAAAGGUUGGUUUUGCUUUUUACUACUUCCCUGUUAAAGCUGCACGUAGUUCAGCAGUGGUUUGAUUGUGUUUUCUGCUCCUGUGUUUUUCAUCUGAACCCAGAGAGGAUCCAUGGCGCGCUGCCCGUAUGAUCAAAGGUUACAUGCAGCAGCACAACAUCCCCCAACGGGAGGUGGUGGACAUCACGGGGCUGAACCAGUCUCACCUCUCGCAGCACCUCAACAAAGGCACGCCCAUGAAAACACAGAAACGAGCGGCUCUCUACACCUGGUAUGUCAGGAAACAGCGGGAAAUUCUCCGACGUAAGUUAAUAUUUGAGUUUCUCACAGCUUGGCCUCGGCCUGUGGUGUGUAGUUGGCAGCGACGUGGUGUUUUAUUUUGGUUUCUGACUUGCAGGCAUGAGUUGGAAAAGACCAUGACAUUUUAAGUUGCCAUAAUAAAUAAUCAAGAAAACAACUUAAACUAAAAAAUGAAAACACACUUUAUUGUUUCUGGUUUUCAUGUUUCUGUUUUUGGUGGAAAAGUUAUUAAAUGUGCUUUUUCUUAUUUUGCAGAGUUCAACCAGGCUGUUCAAGGUUCUGGCAGCAUAAUGACAGACAAAGGCAAUCAGGAUCCGGUGUUUUUUUUCCCAGAGUUCAACCCGUCUGGUCAGGGCAUGGGUCAGCCCGGUGACGAGGUCGGUAGCGAACCAUCCAGCAAGAAAAUGAGACGUAACCGAUUCAAAUGGGGGCCCGCGUCCCAGCAAAUCCUGUACCAGGCCUAUGAGAGGCAGAAGAACCCCAGCAAGGAGGAGCGGGAAGCUUUGGUGGAGGAGUGUAACAGGUAGAAAAUCAAUCUCCCUCCCUCCUUCACCGUUCGAGUGAAAAAGUUCCCAAACCCUAAAGUUUGACCUUCUGUUCCCUGCAGAGCUGAGUGUCUCCAAAGAGGAGUCUCCCCCUCCAAAGCUCAGGGGCUCGGCUCUAAUCUGGUCACCGAAGUGCGAGUCUAUAACUGGUUCGCCAACCGGCGCAAAGAGGAAGCCUUCAGGCAGAAGUUAGCCAUGGACGCCAUCUCAGGUCCGCCUCACAGCCUCAACCCUCUGCUGUCACACAGCUCGCCGCAUCAUCCCCAGACCAGUGCGUCACCUCCAAGUAAGAUCCCUUGCUCUGCUCUACAUUCAGCAUUAUAGAAAUCAAACAUAUUUUAUUAUAAGGGCAGGAAACUCUUCUUAAAACAUUUAACAAACUGGGAAUUUAUCAUGCUUUACAUCCACCCCUCCUGUAUUUAGACUAUUUUGUAAACUCUUCUCUUAUGUUAACAAAAUUACACAAAUUAGGGGAUACGAAGAUUUAUAAGUCUGAAGUGUUUAACUCCAAACUUUUUUAAAAAACCCAAAGUUUUCGUUCCUGUUGCAUGAAAAUCCUGUCAGAGAGCGUUACAAGCACAGCUGAUGUGAUCAGAGCGGCAGAGAAAGACGGGCCAAGUGAUCAAUGAGCGUGAGUGAGUGAGCUGAGCAAAUGCCAUUGUUAUUCGGAUCUCAGAAAACACACUGAGAACAAUCCGCAUUGUACCUGCAAUCUCCACUCCAAAGUCAGCUUGGAGAAGCAUGACACAAAGGGCAGCGAUCCUGUGACAGGCCAGGGUCGGGCCAGGGUCAGGGAGGGGGGACAGACACCUCCAGAUUAGCUCGACAUAACGCCGUCAUUUCCACAUUUCCUCCUCCCUCGCUUGUUGCUAAUGACUCCACUCAGAGAGUCGCCAAAACAAGGAAACGCUGCGUGCUAUUGCUCUGACCAUUUCACCCUGACCUGAUGUUUGCAUUUGGGGUAAUUAGUAUUGACUGAGCCUACCUGGUAUAUACGACAUAAAAACAAAGCUGAUAGGCCUCACAGUGCAUUAUCCUCCGCCACGCCAUCACUCACCCGCCAUAAAACCAUGAUUUGAGAGCCUAUUGUUGUCCUCUCGUGUUCAGACACGAGGCGAGCUUUGAAGGGAAAACAAACUGUUUGCCUUGGCUUGCUCUUUUACCUUUGGAUAAACUGGUCCCGCUAGUGGAUUGCCUAUUUGCUUUUUUUUUUUCGUUGCUCAGAACACCUGACCAGGCAUUGACCUCAGGUUGCAAAGCCAGAGAGGUCAGCGAUAAGGUUGCAGAAGGGAAGGGUCGCCGAGGCCCCCCCCCCCCCCCCUUCAGCUAGCUGCUUACAAGGUGUCCUGCUGGCAUCCUGCCGACAGCAUCAGCUGUUUUUCAGUGUCAGCCCCCAGUCUGACAAUAAUAUCCCAGCAGGGCGUCUCAUUGCGUUGCCAGGGCACGGCCUGUAUUAUGCAUGCUUAAUGGACAAUUAAAAUCCUUUGCUACUACAUCUCCCAGGCCUUUGAUAAGGGGCUCCUCUGACUUCUCCUCUCUAUACUCCUCCUCAGCAGGAGGCCCUAUUGUCUGUGGUGUAUUAGAAGACUGCAGUGACUGUAACCUAGGUUCAUUUAUCUCUGCUGGGCCUUGAGGAGGCCUGAGUUUAAAGCCUCCCCCGUCACCUUUAUGGGCACCAGUAUAGUUGCAGAGGCUGGGUGCAGACUUGGAGCAGCAGGAGCUGUCCGCUGAAGUAUUGGCUCCUUUCUGGCCAGACAGGACUGAUGACCCCUUCUUCGCCUAUAGAGAAAGCGAGUCACCCCCCUCCUCCUCUCUAAACCACCGCUGCACCCUCAGUCACAGGAGAGAGGGUCACUACUAGGUCAGAUCAAAGAAACUCUUCUUACUUUGGGAGUUUUUAUUGAUUUUGCUUCGGUUCGUUGGCCAGCCGGUCACAACUGGAUAGACAGUCAAACAGUGUGAUGCACAGUUUGGGCGGUGACCCUUUUUUUUUUUUUCUUUCUCUCUUUUUUUUUUACAUUUGGAAAUGAAACUGAUUUGAAGCAGGUUACUAAGUCUGUUAUAGCAGGUGGAUGUGAGCAUGCACCUGUGUUUUCCUACACAAUAUUUGCCUACCGUUCUUCCUCCAAUAACAUUAGCUUAGCUCUAGUAAUCCAUCUCACUUGGAGUAGUGAUGUUGAAAAAGCUUAUUUGUUGUGCUUGACUGUGGAAUGCACUGUACUCAAUGAGGAUGCUGGAGUAAUUCUGUCAUUAAAUCUGCUUUAUUUUUAGAUUUCAAGGGAAAACUAUAUCAAUUUAAAUCAACAAAAACUUUUUAAAAGUAAGAUUUUAACCAAACCAAAGAGUAUGUUGUAGUCUCGACAAAUGAGGAUAUUGGUUUUAAACCUUUUUCAUACAAAAAUCGGGGUUUAGUGGGGGAUUAUUGUCAAUUUUUAUAGUUAUAGAAGUUUAUAAAAGUUAGAAACUCCUCAGUUAAACUUUGAGAGACUCAACGAGAUAAAACUUAAAAAUCCAGAUUUAUUCACAACGUUUUGAAGUGUGGAAAACUUGUAGAUGCUGUGUCUUUAACAUGUUGUGCUAGAGCCAUCAUGCAGCCACAGUUAGGGAAAUGAGAGCUGUGUGGCACUGCGAGGUGCAGGUGUGUGUUAGUGAAGCAGAGGGACAGAGUGAGCGUGGACAGAGGGACAACAUAUCUUGAUAAUAACAAUAGCCAGUCCUGACAGUGAGAGAUAUUGGUCCAUAUCCUAAUAAAUUAUGAGUUUUAAGUUUAAUAAAUGCAUGUUCUGCGAUGUUAUAUCAGUCAAAAAUGGCGUGAUUAAGAUCUUUCCCACGGUUGAGUUUUUGCCUCAUAGUUUUUUUUUUUUUUUUUUUUUAAUAGAAAUUUGGAAAUAUUUCAGGUACUUUUACCAAAGUUGUCAAAAGUAAUCCCUCUUCCAUCGCUCUACGUUUUGGCACCGUUAAAUUAAACAGUUGCUGAGCUACAUCCUUUCGCAUUAAAUAAAACUAGCAGACUCAGAAGUUCCAGAUCGGAUACAGUGGUAGGGGGCGUUAUUUUGUGGGAGGCGUCACCCCAGGCCAACUAGGAAACAACCCACGAACCCUAACUCUGCACUUUCCACUGCUCUGUAUCUCCCAGAGAGCCACAAAGAAGAGGCUGGAUACGUCCUGCAGAGACCCAGGAGGUCUGUUAUAUGCAGUGGAAGUACAAUGAGCGCUGCCUGGGGUUGGGUAGGCAGGCUUUGAUAUUACAUGGGUCACACAGAGAGCGGGAGCCUUUUAAACCUGCUGAAGAUCCUUGCUGCCACCUCCCUCCUGAAGUUCUCGCCCUCCCCCCUGCUCUUUGGUCUUUGGUGAACUAUGGAUCAGCCCUUUUUCCGCUGUAUCAGAACUUAAAAAAUAUCACUUUAAGCGUGAACUUGGUGAAGUUUUGCUCUUGGAAGUCCUCGAGGUCCCCUGCAGUUAGAAUUACUGCCGAGGUCAAAGAAACUGUCUUGAAUAGCAUCUUUCCGCCCUCGAACACUUUAAGAGGUCGCCAAGCACCGAGAUAACUGCCUCUUUAUGAGACCUCCUCUAUUGUGAGGCAAUGGGGGUCAUGAGUCCAAUGGAGUGCUUUAUUGUUCUGCAGCAGUGUUUACAAGGCACAGUGCGGUGUCACAGUGUUGCUACUAUACUCCACAGGACAAUAUGAAUUCUGUGCGCUGAAUAAAAUGGAGGACAGGUACUUAAGGAUCUAAAAUAUGGCAGUGCGGCUUCCUUAUUAAGUCGUAGCUCAACUUAUUUUGGGGGAUUGUUUGGAAAUGAUUGAUUUGGAAUUCAAGAUCUCCACAAACAUCCUGCUCCAGUUUCCAUCAGUGACAAGAAAUCAAUGCUCUCCUCUCCGGUCACAUUCAGUGUCAGAACCUCUCCCUCAUUUUUAUCUCAAAACGGCUGAAGUAUAUCAGGGCCUCCUGUCAUGUCCGACCGGCUUCAGGAGGGCGUUCAGGCUGUCACACCUGGGUCAGGGACGGAGAUGGGCGAUCUGAGCGCAAACAGAGUCUGUCUCUACACUGUCACUGUGGGAGGGGGGUCUGUGUGCGUGUGUGUGCGUCUGUGUGAGGCUGAGACCACAGGAUAAGAAUGUGUUUGACAUUGUUUGUAAUUGUGUAAUGUUUAUUCUGUUGGUAUCAGAGAGGGCCUGCAUCAGCAAACAGGCAUCUGAUUGUUGGUUGCGGUGGGGUGAAGCAUUCCUGUGGGCCUCCAGUGAGAGACGAGGAGAAGUCUGGACUUGAGAUUAAGCGAUGGCACUUUACAAUUUAAAAAGUUCUUAUUCUCCGCUGCGAAGGAUUCAAAUUUCUUUUAUUUUUAUAAAGCAAAAAUUACAACACCAUGUACAUGCACUUUUCAGAUCUAUAAGCACAUUGGUUCUUUGCCCAGAGGAGAUAUUUAGGAAGAAUAUUACCGCUUUAGGAUGAGGAAUAAUCAUAUGUGGAAAAACUUUUGAUUUGAUUUUUAAAACCUUUUAAAAUCCAGCGGCCCACACCCCUCCUGCUGCAAUAAAAACCCCCACUACAGUUCAAAUCCAAACACAUAACACCCAUAAAGAUCCACUUAAAAUCUACAUAGGCUGUGUGAUCUUGCUCAAGUUGUCUGUGAUCCAUCUUACUACGUGAGAGGUCCUUGUGGUGGGACUUCUGGCUUUCUGGGUCCUUUUUGCAACCACAAGCACAGAUUUUCUUCAAUUUUUCCACUUUGAUGUCCAUGCAACCUCAGAUUUACCUCAUAAUUUAUUUAAGAGCAUUAACCCCGAGGCUGUAAGCAGGUCAAUAACAAUAAAAAGACCCGGGAACUUCUUCCACCUGUGGUUAAAACUGAACACUGGUGUAUUGUGAACAAGAGCUCCUAUGAGAGCAUCUGCUGGUACUUUGGCUGCAUAUUCGUACGUGUACAUAGUGCUCGGCCUUGGCUGGGCUGCACAGAUAGCGUCAGUGGCAGCGGCAGUGACGGGUAGGCGUGUUUGUUUGUUCUUGUCCUCUCCUGUCUGAGUCAAAGGAGUAGGUGAGCUGUUUGGGUGGAGUGACUCUGGUGUAGCUGAGUGAAGAAUGAGGCCGACGCUGCUAUCUCUGUGCCCUACAUAACUGUUAGCAGAACAAGUGAAACUAACCUCUCUCUCUCUGUCUCUCUCUCUCUCUCUCUCUCAGUGCGUUACAGCCAAGGCCCCGGUGAGGUCACCUCCUCCACCACCAUCAGUCACCACAGCAGCAGCUCAAUGCCCAGCAGCCAGUCUGUGCUCCAGCAGGUGUCUCCGGGAGGAUUGGACCACAGCCACAGUCUGCUGUCACCUGACGCCAAGAUGGUGAGUGAACACACCUGGGCCCUCACAGCCUCAGAUUAGAUAAGCCCCAGUCUGAGUUUAGCAUAAAGUACAAAGCAGACUCCUGGACCUCUGCUCUCCCAUGGACUCGCUGGCAGCAGCCAACAAUUAGCACAUUGUGCUGCUGUGUUUGGAAGGUGGAGCUGGGGGUGGCAGGCCAUGAUGGCUUCAUCGGAGUGCAUCGAGCAUGUUCAUCGCUCAGCCAAUAAACCUGACAAAGAAACAUUCUGCUUGUAUUGAUUAAAUGCCUCACAGAGAGGAGACUCGGGCUUGUCCUGCCAGAGAAAUGACGCCAACAUUUGAUUAUAUUCAGUGUGUUUUUUUUACUCGGCCUCUGGGUUUCUCCCUUCUGCCCUGGUUCAAUAUUUGAUCAGUGACAAGGAAACCUGAGCAGACCUGUAGCUUUCAGCUGUGUGCAACAACACUUGGGAAGUAAAUCCUAGAAAAGAAAAGCUGUUUAUAGCAGCAGACUUGUUUUCAUUGCUUCUUGUGUUUCAAUGAUGCUGGUAACUCAAGGGUUAAACCACUUAUCCUACCCGGGUCAGAUAAAACACAAAGUCGUGCAACUGAAAUAUCCAAAACUACAGACCUACUUCCCUGUCAGAUCAGCAUACUUCUGUCUUUUGUCGCAGUGUUUAAUGAAAUGACCGCAGCCUGACUGAGCAGCAGGGCCGAGCCAACAGUUAUCUGCAGAUGUGCGUUCGGCCCCUCUGUCCUCUGUGUGCAGCUGCUGUAGUCAAAUAAACACAAACUCAGUUAGAGGGAGGACCCCAGUCCAGAUAGACAUCACUGCACAUACAGGGUUUUUUUUCUCUUUAGGAGUGAGGAUAGAAAAACCAGCAUCUACUCCACAAACUCUUGCUAACAUUAUUUCCUCUGUGCCGUUUGUUUAUCAGUGUUUGCUUGUGUGCUUUGUGCGAGAAGCGUAGUGUUAUUAUCUAGUUUGUUUAGCUGCUCACAUCUGUUCACUUUGAGAAUACCUGAUUUGACAUAACAGCUACGCUCAUAACUUUUUGGAGUUAUUUAAUCUGUUUCUUCACCAUUUCUUGCAGAUUUCUGGUUCAGGUGGAGGACUUCCUCCUGUUAGCACGCUGACAAACAUCCACAGCUCCCAUCACAGCCAUCAGCAGACACAGAACCUCAUCAUGCCUCUAACAGGAGUCAUGGCUAUCGCACAGAGUGAGUCCUCCUCCUCAAAUCCUCUACAGGGCACACUCAGAAAAGAAAGCUGUAGACUAAUCAGGCAUGGUGUGUGACUGUUUUUUUUUUUUUUUUUUUUAAGGUUUAAACACGUCGCAAUCUCAGACGGUGCCGGUGAUCAACAGCGUGGCCGGGAGCCUCGCGGCGCUGCAGCCUGUGCAGUUUUCACAGCAGCUUCACAGCCCCCACCAGCAGAGCCUGAUGCAGCAGUCGCCCAGCCACAUGAGCCAGCAGCCGUUCAUGGCCACAGUCACACACUCACACAGUCAGUAACACACACUUCAACUCCUGUCUUUAUUAUUUUCAUCAUUGUUUCUUGAAACUGAAUGUGUUUGUCCUUUUCUCUCUUUGCAGUGUAUCCUCACAAGCAGGAACCCCCGCAAUAUUCGCACCCGUCACGUUUCCCCUCAGCCAUGGUGGUCACAGACGCCAACAGCAUCAGCACGCUCAGCUCCAUGUCCUCGAGCAAGACGGUGAGUGUUGAACACACAUCCAGUCACUUUUAGGUGCAUGUUUUCACCUCUGUCUGCCACCAUGCAGACGGUCAGUAAAUUCCUGUAAUCAUUAAGGGGGUUCCUGCUCAAAUCAGCUGUUAUUUGAAGGGGUUUUUACACAUUUUUGCUGUAAAAUCCUUGCGGGAAAUCUUUGUCACACUGUGAUUAUCAUGGAUUGAUUUCCAAAGUUCACCCUCACGCUGAUCAAUAAGAGAAACAUUGCACAAUAGCAGCACACACUUUGAUUAGGAACUUGACUGUGACCAGGAGAAGUGCGUGUGUAAUUACUGUGUGUUUAAUUCCUGUCACAUUAGGACGCUCCUGUAAACAAGAUGGUGCAACUCGGGGGUCUCUCCUGGGUAAAUACUGUUUUAUCAGUUCAGUCACACAGAUAAAAUGAGUAAAAAUCACCUCAAAGAGUUUUUCUUUCAGUUCUUUUACAUUUGGAGCUUUUGUUUGGCUCUAAACUAACAAAUGAGACAGAUAUAUGGAUAGUAAACUCCCUUAAAUUUCUAUUUCCUCCUCUUCCGUCUAAUCAAUCACCCGAUCCUUCAGCCUGAACGCCUGUUGAUUAAAGCCGCCUCCUUUCACUUUCCUCUUGCCUCUGCGAUCAGGAAAUGAGCCUAACUGUUAAUCAAACCCUCGUGGCCUCUGUGCUACAGUGAGGCAGCAGAUGAGACAGGAGGGAAGGGGGGUGUUUCUUUUUCCUUUUUUUUUUUUUUUCUUCUUCUAGUAAUUACACCUCUUCCUCUUUCCUACUUCUCCCUGCUCUCGGUGAUCGCUCUUGCCUGAAAUGUCGUCCACGGUGCUUUCACACGCUCAAUUUCCCACGCUGAGGCCGAGCGCUCGCACCGCAGCGUCACUGCUGACGGACUGAUGGGUUGAUGGGAUGGGAGCUCAGAGCGAAACAUGUCCUGCGAGGAGACAGAGAGAGGAAAAUGAAACUAGGCAGUCAGCUAUUUACUGACUCGCUUCGCAAAAAUUAUUCAGUUUUAUGAUGUUUGAGAGAGUAAAAAGAUAGUUUACAUUUAAAAGCUAAAGUAAGAAUAUCUAAGUCUAAUCCACCUGCCGUUAUUUGCUUUAAUAAUUCAUUUAAAAAGUUAUGUCAAAUUUUUUUUACGGGGAAAACUCCUUUAUUAUUAUUUCAUACUUGAGUUUUUUCCAUUUACACCUAAAAAAAACUUAAUUACAACUAAUGUGAAGACAUAUCUUUGUGAAGGUGACAAUAAUUUUUCACUUUGAUUUAAUAUUAUUUUGCAAAAGGGGCUUUUUUAAGGACAUUUUAUAGACUCACAAUGAUAAAAAUCAUUAGUGCUAACUAAAACUGACUGUUAUCUAAAUAAAACACUGCCGUUAGUACAGAUUCACAGACUUUUAAAAUCAAGUGGGCCUCAAGUUUUGCUUUUAACACACAUUAGAGAGCUGUUACCAACAUUAGCUGUAUUCUUUGAUUCUAUCUUGAUUUAUUGUAAGUCAAUAAAAGAAGAUUUUUAUGUUCCAAACAUCGGAAAACAUCUGAAAAAAUACCUGAAAUUUCUCUGUUAUAAUUUAAAAUCCAAAAUGUCUAAUCCAGGAAAUGUAAAACCAAAAUAUUACAGCAAUUUUUGAUUUGAAGAACUUUAUUUACAAAACUCUAGACAAAUUUUCUCAAAGCAUUUUAAAUAAAAAGCUUUUUUUGUGGGGUACAAAGUAAAAUGCAGUUCUUUGAGUCUUCAAGUUAAACUUUUAUGGCAGCAAAUAAAAAGUAAAAAAGCAAUUCUUGCAAAUUCCUAAAAGUAUUCAUGGUUACGAGCACCGGUGUCGUCGGCUCGUGGCCCUUCACCGACUCAGCUUUUUAGCGAGUAAUUAGCCGUCAGGUAUUUUCUUAUCAGGACUUUAUUUGGACGGGAAAGCCUUCUUCUCAUGACUCAAAGCAGCAUGUUGAGGCUUUAUAACACGCAGUGUUUACUGAGAAACCCUCCAUUAUACCUGAGUCUGUUUAAAACUCACCUCUGCUCGCAGCCCUGCGUCUAAUGACUCAGGUCUUAGCUCGGGUCGGCUUUAUCAGGUGAAGCUGUUUGCUGGCCGCAGGGUCACAGCGGGGUCACCUGCCUCCACCCAACGAGACGCAGGAGGAAAAAUAAAUUCCACAAACAAAUCUAAAAAAAGAGAGAGAGUUAGAGCGAGAGAAAGAGAGAGAAAGAGAGAGAGCUUUUCAAUGGAAACGAGCUUCAAGGAGUCAGGAGAAGAGGGAUGAGGAAUGUAUUUGGUCAGGUGUGGCACCUUAAGGUGCUGGGGUGAUGAAUAGCAUUUAUCAGGCGGUGAAAACACAAAUAUAAACACAAGCGGCAAAACUGUGACAGAAAAGGACUCAAACUUUACUCCAUAAAGGAAUGACUGUGUGAUGAGGAAGCAUGGAGGAGUGUAGAGUUUCUUUUCUUUUCCUACUUUUGUUCCUCUGUUGUGUAUGCAAAUACCUCUGCUGGGUGCUUUUUGGGACUCAUGGCAGAGGAAUAUAGUUAUAGAAACUGACCAAAACACUUUGUAUAGAUAUUUGUGAAACAUUGAUUAAAAAUUAUGAUCUAAAACUUGAGCUUAAAUAGAAUAAGUAGAUUCAAAGCACCAAAAACGUCAACAUAAAUAGGCCACUAACUAUUUAGCUCAGACUUUUUUAUUAUUAUUAUAACUAAUGUGUCCAAUGAUUACUAUAUAAUAAUCAAAUUAUGGGUUACUUGAUCUUUUCCUCUAUUUUUUAAGAUGUUAGGUUAUAUAUUUAUAAGAGCUUUUGGUCUUUUAAAGUCAUAUUUUAUGUGAGUGUUUCUAACCUAUUUUAAGUCUUGAGCUGCAAAUAAUGAGUUACUAACAGUUAAAAAAAAGUGUAUUAGGAUUUAAAAGAAAUAUUAGAAAAUGCUGCAGUGCCAUAAAAACUAAUAAUAAGACUAUUUAAUUUUUUUAAAGAUUUUUAAAUAUUAAAUAAGUUUUAGUUUUUAUUAUCAUUUCUGAAAUACUUAAGUUCCUCUUAAAAAUUUAAAUGCAAAUACCAGAAAUAAACAGUAUGAAGUAUUUAAUUAAAUCACUGAUUAUUUGGAUUGAGACACAAAAAAAUCUGUCUUAAAUAAAAGUGCAGCAUUUAUCAUUUUUACACCAUUUAGUUAUAAAAAUGUUUUAGUUAUGUAUAUUUAAAUCAUCUUUUCAUCUCUUACAAAACACCAUGAAAAGAAAACUUCUACAUCCUGAUUCCUAUUAGACUGUGCAGACUUGUGUCUCUGAACAGAUUGUAUUUACUAUUUUAUGUAAAGCUGACUGUGUCUCACAUUUCCCUCCUCUUGUCCUUUCAGUGUCCUCUUCAGGCCUGGUGAGAGCGUCCACCUGACUUCCCCGGUUCCCAGCAACCCAAGCACAUUUUCCACCCCUCUUACAGCGGUAACCAUGGCAACUCUUAAUAACCAGCAGCAGCAUGGCUGGAUGAUGAUGAGUCGGUCAACAAAACUAACAGAGGGGAGGGAGUGACGGCGGUGGGCCAGGUGGCGAAAAAAUUAAAACACGAGGAAGGGGAGGAAAAAAAAAACUCACUGCACCUGAAAGUGAGGAGACUGGACUUCCUCUCUGUGUCGCACACAUAUGAUCAACAAGGACG